AUGCGGAUCCAAGGACCUUGGGAUUCAUACAAAAUCUCACCAUACAAAAAAUGUGAAGUUAACAAGAAAUGGGAUGGAAUUCAUUUUAAAACUUUUAGUUCAUCAUAUAAUCCUCUUCAAUUCAUCGAGGGGAACAACAAACUAUUGAACCCAUAUGGAUUUAAAGAACAUUCAGGUGUCAAAGUUUGUGAUUUUUCAAUCAUUGAUAGAAGACGUGAACGUUGUGUUAAUGAUGAAGGUGAAAUCAUCAUUAAAGAUGAGCCUAUAUCAUUCUCAUGUACAUAUUUCAGAACGGAUGAUUGUGAAUUAAAAUUUGGAUUGUUUAAGAUGAUGAGAGAGUUACAAGUAAACAAUGAGGAAUAUAAUACUUGGGAAACUUGGGUAGAACAUAAUGAACAUGUUAAGGGAGAAUAUAGUUUGUUACCAAGUCAUUCAAUGUUGGAUGAAGUUGGACUUGUCUUGAUGAUUCAUAAUUUUUCACCUGAAUAUCAUAAGAAGAUUGAUAUAAGAUCAAUAGUAUUGGCAAUGGUUUUGGAUGAAGUUGAUUAUGAAAGGUAUGAAGUUGAUGCAAAAAUUGCAGAUUGUUCAGUGGGGGUUAGUAAUAAAUUAACAGUCAUUAAGAGUAAAGAUGUUGAUUUGGAUAUGUGUUUAAGAAAGAUCAAUAACGAAUUAUUGUAUUCACAAAGAAGAAAAGUUGCAAAAUCAGUUUUAGAUGAUUCUAAAGAUUUUUUUGUUUUCCCAGCUUUUAUACAAGUAAAUUCAGUGCCGAUUAAAGUCGAAACACCAGAGGCAAAAGUGGGACAAAAAUCAAUGCUAGAUGAUGGUGGGUUUAUUGAGAUAGCACUUGACCCUCAAGAAGAUGAUAACCAUCGCACCGAUUUGAAAAUUGACACUGUAUAUGAGGAUUGUUAUUACUGGGAUUGAACAAUAAAAAUUGGAAACCACUUGUAUAUAAACUUUAUGCCAACACUUUCUUUUUAGUCUUAUCCUUCUUUUUAACCUUUUUAACCACCUUG